AUGUCUGAUUCCAAUGAUGGUAAGUCAUUACCCAUUAAUAUCGAUGUAGAGUACAAACUCAACCAACCAAUGUCACCAUUAAAUUUAUCUCCUACUCAAAAAUCAGGCAAAUUUCUGUCCGAAAAUGUGGAGAUCAAAAAGGACCCUGAAGUUGAGAGAGCAAUGGCUUCAAUCGCCCCUAUGUUAGAAGGAUUUCAACCUAAAACUAAUAGUGAAGAUGGCAUGAAAUCUGAAGGUGAGAGCGUCUCUGAAGAGAACUUACAAGUUUUGAAUAAUGAUAAUUCCAAUGGGAGUAAUGGAGGUUCAAGUAAAAAAUCCAGAUCAAACUCAACCUCAUCAAGUGAUUUCCCCAUGUUAAACAAAACUAUUUCAAAUUCAUCAUCAUCUCAAAGAAAGUAUUCCAUCCACAAAGAACUCCAAGGUCCUAAAUUGCCCAAGAUAGGUAAAUUGGGAGUUUGUGCUAUGGAUGCUAAAGUCAUGUCCAAACCUUGUAGAAGAAUUUUAAACAGAUUAAUAGAAAAUGGAGAAUUCGAAACCAUUAUUUUUGGUGAUAAAGUCAUUUUAGAUGAAUCUAUUGAAAAUUGGCCAACUUGUGAUUUCUUGAUCAGUUUUUUCUCCACAGGAUUCCCAUUGGAUAAAGCUAUCAAGUACGUGAAUUAUCGUAAACCGUACCUUAUCAAUGAUUUAGUAUUACAAAAAUCUUUAUGGGACAGAAGAUUAGUAUUGACAGUUUUAAAUAACGCUGGUGUUCCGACACCAACAAGAUUAGAGAUAAGUAGAGAUGGAGGACCUCAUAUUGAUGAUGAGUUAAAGCAAAAGUUGAAAGAAUCAGGGUUGACAUCUGAAAUGCUUGAUAAAUUAACUGAUCAAGAAGAACCUGAUUGGGAAAUGGUGGAUGAUGACACUUUAAGAGUUGGAGAUCAAAUCUUGAAGAAGCCAUUCGUGGAAAAACCUGUCGAUGGAGAAGAUCAUAAUGUCUAUAUUUAUUACAAUUCAUCAACUGGUGGAGGAGGUCGUAGACUUUUCCGUAAAAUUGGUAAUAAAUCAUCUGAAUUUGAUCCCGAAUUGAAAACUCCUAGGGUUGAAGGUUCUUAUAUUUAUGAGCAAUUCAUGGAUACUGAUAACUUCGAAGAUGUUAAGGCUUAUACUGUAGGUACUAACUUCUGUCAUGCUGAGACCAGAAAAUCACCCGUGGUGGAUGGUAUAGUUAGACGUAACACACAUGGGAAAGAGAUUAGAUACGUAACAGAGUUAUCAGAUGUUGAAAAGCAAAUGGCAAAAAACGUUGCUAAAGCCUUCAAACAAACUAUUUGUGGAUUUGAUUUAUUGAGAGUUCAUGGAGAAAGUUAUGUUAUUGAUGUUAAUGGUUUCUCUUUUGUUAAGGACAAUAAUGAAUACUAUGAUUCCUGUGCUUCAAUAUUAAGAAAUUUGUUCAUUGAAGCAAAGAAAUCAAGAGAUUUAAUCAAAACCAAGAUUCCACAAAGCACCAAAUUAUUGAAUAAACAAUUCUUUGAACAAAAAGAACAAAAAUGGGUAUUCAAAGGUAUGGUUUCUGUUAUUAGACAUGCUGAUAGAACUCCAAAACAGAAAUUCAAAUAUUCUUUCAGAUCACCUUUAUUCAUAUCAUUAUUGAAAGGGCACAAGGAAGAAGUUAUCAUUAGAGAAGUGCCAGACUUACAAGUGGUAUUACAGACUGUUAAAGUUGCAGAAGAAAAACAUUUGGAAGAUUUGAAGAAAUUGAAACAAUUGAGAAUAGCUUUGGAAAAGAAAAUGAAUUUCCCUGGUACUAAGAUUCAAAUCAAACCUUCAUUGAGGGAUGAUGAGAAUGAAACAGUUGAAAAAGUUCAAUUGAUUUUGAAGUGGGGUGGUGAGCCAACACAUUCUGCUAAACAUCAAGCCAGUGAUGUUGGUGAACAAUUGAGACAAAACAUUAAAUUAUUGAAUCGUGAAGCUUUGAAUAAUGUCAAAGUAUUUACUUCUUCUGAGAGAAGAGUUAUUGUUUCAGCACAUUUAUCUACCAUGGCAUUAUUGGGUUAUGAUAAAGAACAAGAUGAAUUACCUGAUGAUUUUUUGACCAUUAGAAAAGAUUUAUUGGAUGAUUCAAAUGCAGCUAAAGAUUUGAUGGAUAAAGUUAAAAAGAAAUUGAAACCUUUGUUGAGACAAGGCGCUGAAGCACCUCCACAAUUCACUUGGCCUCCUAAGAUGCCUGAACCUUUUGGUGUUAUCAAAAGAGUUUGUCAAUUGAUGAAUUUCCACAAAAAGUUGAUGGAGUAUAAUUUUAACCACAAAGAUGUCGAUGAAUUCCAAUCCAACUGGUGUUGUGGAGAGGACCCAACUUUGUUCAAAGAAAGAUGGGACAAAUUAUUCCAAGAAUUUACCACUGUUGAAAAAACUCAUCCAUCUAAAAUCAGUGAAUUGUAUGAUACUAUGAAAUAUGAUGCUUUACAUAAUCGUCCAUUCUUAUCGAAAGUAUUUGCAUUUGAUCCUAAUGACGAAAAAUUGAUAGAGUUGUUGAAUGAAACUUGUGGUGAUACUGUCAAUUCAAGUGGAUUGGUUAGCGAAUACCCUAUUAAUAUUUUGGCCAUGAAUAAUUUCAGAAUCCCUAAUGAUGCCUUAUUUAGUAGUGGUGGAUCUACAACCAAUUCUCCUUCAACAUCUAACGUUGGAUCACAACCAAAUUCAAAACGUAAUUCUUCUUACAAUUUAUCAAACAUAGGAGGUCAUCCAUCAGCUGGAUCUUUAGGAUGGGUGUUGAAAGGUGCUACCUCUAGUGUUGACGAAAGUACCUUGAAUAACAAUACCAAUACCAACAUCAGCUCCAGUGGCUCAACCACCUCAUCAUCAGAAGAAAAUCCUUUCGAUCAUCCAACUUACGCAAGAUUAAGAGAACUAUACAGAUUAUCAAAGGUCUUAUUUGAUUUCAUUUGUCCCCAAGAAUAUGGUAUCAAAGAUGAAGAGAAGUUAGAUAUUGGAUUAUUAACAUCAUUGCCAUUAGCCAAACAAAUACUUAAUGAUAUUCAAGAUAUCAGAAAAGAUGAUACUCCUGGUGUUGCUAUGUAUUUUACCAAAGAAUCACAUAUCUACACUUUACUUAACGUAUUAUAUGAAUCCAAAAUCAAUAUGUCAAUUGCUCGUAAUGCAUUACCAGAACUUGAUUAUUUAUCUCAAAUCACUUUCGAAUUAUUCGAAUGUGAAACUCCUCAAGGGAAGAAACAUUCUAUCAGAUUAUCUUUAAGUCCAGGUUGUCAUACACAAGAUCCAUUAGAUGUUCAAUUAGAUAACAAUCAUUACAUUGGAUGUAUCCCAAGAAUCAAUUUGACUAGACAUUUGGAUAUGGAUUUGGUUGUUCAAAGAUUGAAGAGUAGAUUUAGUAGAGUUUCAUUACCAAAGAAAUUUACUCCAGUUAACAUUUCAAGUCCUUUAACUAGUGGUAUUUAA